AAUUGGUAAUGAGCCGUUUGGGGUGGCCGAGAGGAAGACCAGGGGCCUGAGCAGAGACGGUCGGUGAACAGGAGAAAAAUCAAAAUGGCGUGGCAACCGGAUCAAGACGGGCUCCAACAAAUAAUACUCUUACUAAAGGAAAGUCAAAGCCCAAACACAGAAACACAACGUGCAGUGCAACAAAAACUCGAAUCUCUCAAUCAAUUCCCUGACUUCAAUAACUAUCUAAUAUUCGUYCUCACGAAGUUAAAAAGUGAAGAUGAACCUACACGAUCACUCUCUGGUCUAAUUCUCAAGAAUAAYGUUCGGUCUCACUACCAUACGUUCCCUGAUGAAGUCAAAGAGUUUAUAAAGUCAGAAUGUCUGCAAGCCAUUGGAGAUCCUUCGCCAUUGAUCCGAGCAACGAUUGGCAUAUUGAUCACGACAAUUUCUGCCAAGGGCGAUCUAACAAACUGGCAGCAGCUUUUGCCAAGCUUAUGUCAAAUGUUAGACAGCGAAGACUACAAUGUUUGUGAGGGUGCCUUUGGAGCUCUCCAGAAGAUUUGUGAAGACUCUGCUGAUCAGCUUGACAGCGAUGCUCUGAACAGACCUCUAAAUGUCUUGAUYCCAAAGUUCUUGAAUUUUUUCCGACAUGCCAGUCCAAAGAUAAGAUCRCACGCCAUUGCUUGUGUCAACCAGUUUAUUGUCAAUAGGACCCAGGCUCUUAUGUUACAUAUUACAACUUUUAUUGAGAACCUGUUUGGACUAGCUGGAGACGAGGACCCUGAAGUGAGAAAGAACGUAUGUCGUGCAUUAGUAAUGCUACUUGAAGUCAGGGCAGACCAACUGAUUCCUCAUAUGAACAACAUAGUUGAGGUAAUUUGCUACUCCACUAUUAUUUUCAUUAUAGGAAAGUGUUCUGCCGCAGCCCUGGAUGUUCUCGCCAAUGUAUUCAGAGAUGAUCUCCUUCCUGUUCUACUACCRAUACUAAAAGAUAUCUUAUUUCAUCCUGACUGGGAAUCCAAAGAAUCUGGUAUUCUUGUCCUUGGUGCUAUYGCAGAAGGUUGUCUGAAUGGCAUUGCACCUCAUUUAUCGGAGCUUGUCCCAUUUCUCAUCAACUCCUUGUCUGAAAAGAAGGCAUUAGUUCGGUCGAUAACUUGCUGGACAUUGAGUCGAUAUGCCCAUUGGGUGGUGAACCAGCCCCAUGAAGCAUACCUUCAAAAACUAAUGACUGAGUUAUUAAAGAGAAUAUUGGACAGCAACAAAAGAGUGCAAGAAGCUGCGUGCAGUGCAUUUGCAACACUCGAAGAAGAAGCGUGUACAGAGCUUGUGCCAUACUUGGGUUUCAUUCUUGAAACCUUGGUGUUUGCCUUCAAUAAAUACCAGCACAAGAAUUUACUUAUCCUGUAUGAUGCCAUUGGUACCUUGGCUGAUUCAGUUGGUCACCAUCUCAACAAGCCAGAGUACAUUACAAUGCUAAUGCCACCACUUAUUCAAAAAUGGAAUGAACUCAAGGACGAAGACAAGGAUUUAUUUCCCUUGCUGGAAUGCCUGUCCUCUGUUGCAUCAUUAGCUCAACCAGAUCAGUUUGAGCCACCAGACAAAGACUUCAUGAUAGUGGCAUUAGACCUUCUUAGUGGUCUAGCAGAGGGACUUGAGGGACAGAUUGAACAGUUUGUUGUCUCAAGUAACAUUAUGACAUUGCUCUUCCAGUGUAUGCAGGACAAGAUGCCUGAGGUGAGACAAAGCUCAUUUGCCCUUCUAGGAGACCUGACAAAAGCMUGCUUUACCCACGUCAAACCCUGUCUACCUGAUUUUAUGCCWAUUCUUGGACAAAAUCUCAAUCCGGAUUUUAUAUCUGUUUGUAACAAUGCUACUUGGGCCAUUGGCGAGAUAUCAGUGCAGUUAGGAUUUGAUAUUUUUCUGUGAUGCAGUGGCAUCUUGGGUCAAUCCAAGUCCUGAUCUCAAGGAGAUGUUUCUCAAGAUUCUUCAUGGCUUCAAAAACCAAGUUGGGGAGGAAAACUGGAAACGGUUUUCUGACCAGUUUCCUGCGGCGCUUCGUGAGCGUCUSACGGUGAACUAUGGAGUAUAGCCUUCUGAAGUCAUAAUGGGAAGGGAGGAAUGUCAGGUGUAAUCAUGGUAGGCGUGCAAGUGACAAGUCCUGGUUCAUGUCAGUCAGUCUGUCUCUGUCUGUCUGUCUGUCUGGGAGGGUCGUGCUGCCACCGCAGUGUAUCUAGUUACCAGUCCACUAACCAUUAACAACACGGGGUGGGUCGGGAGGACCACUUAGGGAUAAUACUAUCACGUGUCGUGUCAUGUGUUUGUCACGUGACGUGUUGAUCAAUCAAUAGUAACGUGUUUGUUGCAAAUGUCAACUUGUCUAAUGACGUCAGAGUUUCAUUUCGAUGGGGUAACACUCCUUUUUUUCAGUCCUAAUAUCGCGCCCGAGCGGCGGCUGAUAAAUAAUUAAAUAAUUAUAAUAUCUAAUAUAGUAUAAUAUAAUAACAAAAGAAGCGAUGUAGUCUCUUGUAUUAUAUAUGGGACGAAAUCCAAUGAAGUCCCCGUUUGUGCAUUUCGCAAGUUUUUUUUGCUAGGUUUUUAUUUUGCUUUAAUGAAGUACUAUUUUAUAUAUUUGUCGAAAUAAUUGUAUAUUUGUAAAGUAAUAAGAAAUAGUAAAACAGUUUUCGUAUAAAUUSAAGAAUAGGAGAAUUUAGGACAAAUUGAUAUCAAACGUGCAUUAUGACGUAACUUGAAURAUGUGUAAAGUGCGCAUUGAUUCAUGGUAGUUGUUCAAAAUGACGUCAUUUUAAUAGCUUACGAAUGGAAAAAAAUUAGCCGUUUCUUUGGUUACCCCCAUCAAACUCUGAUUAAUUUGUGGUGCGUGUUAAUAAUAUGUUACAAAUGAUCAGCUAAUAAAGCUUGGUAACCUUACAUGUUGUGACGUCAUGUUGUGACGUAAUGUGUGGCAGUCUCACUGUUGUGUCAGUGAUAAUCGCCAGUUGGUUGCUUGUUAAUGACUUGCUAACUUGUGGUCAGCGGUGUAGUACUCAAGUGUGUGCGUAGCGCAUGUAUUGUGAAGAGUAGCCGCUUACUGUCUAUGCCGUGUCUUAAAUAACUACGUCAGAUCCGGUUCAUGAUCAUGGCGUAUUGUUUGCAACUAGCUGAAAGAUUCAAUCCAACAAUAUCAAAGUCCGUCUUUGUAAUUCUAAAAGAAGCAAAUGUUUAAGAAAAAAACAAAAACAACUCUUUUUUCAAUGUGCAUUUGGCUUGAAACUUAAAUUUUUUUGCCUCGUUUCUUCAAAUUUUCAAGGCAGGCAAGUGUGAAAUAUUGCUUGUUUUCGAAUUUAUCUUCAUAAACAAGCCAUUGUAGUUGCCUCAUAACAUAUUAAUAUUUAUUAUGAAAUCAAUUUCAAUUUAUUUUAGCCUCUUCCAUAUUUUUGAAUUUCAAUUCGUUUUAUUAGAAACGGUAUUUAUAAUUUCACAGGGAAAAAAAACUAGUUUUGUUAAUAUUUAACAAUUUUCGAAAUAGCAAAUUAUUCAGUUUGAGCAUAAUUCCACCAAGUGCCAAGAAUCAUGGGAUACUAUGGGUCAUUGUUUAAUGGUCGUUGUAAACCUUUGAAGUAAAAUACUUCAUGUGGACAUUUUUAAGUGUCUCGAGUAUUCCAUGUACACUGUCUGCUAUCAGUGUUGAACUAAUAUUCCUAAGGGCCUUUUGAGUGCCCAGUAAAAGGUAAAUCGUAACACGUUUGUCAAAGUGUUUUGUUUUAUGUAUUUCAUUUUCACACUUCACCCUGGGUCCAUACAAUAGUUUGCAAUUUUUCUGAACAAACCAUGUAUUCUAAAGCAAAAAAAGGUUGGCGUACUUCUUGCGCUAUUUCGUCUGCCUAAAAGAGUUCUUUCUCAGGAUCGGUUGUACCAAGUGUCAAUAGCGCUAUUCAACAGACAAAUACUUAUUCAGCGGACGAAAUCCAUAAAAAACAUCAAUGAAGAUGAUAAAGUUUCCUGGCCAUUCGUACAACUGUUCCAGGAAGAGUUCUUUUCUAAUCACAACAAAACGUUUAUGGUUUUUGCGCGACCCAAAUAGCGCAUGCAUCUACUAAAAUGCAAUAGGCAAUGUGUAGGACGCCAUUUUGUGAAACAAAGCAUGAUGCUAUAUUAUGUUAUAGACCCUAAAAUAUCUCCUUAAAAUCCUUUUUUUUUUGCGGUUUCUAUGCAGAAAAUGCAAAACAACAUMUAUGUUGUCUUACAAAAAGCAAAAACACUUCAGAGGGACUGUUAGCGUAAACAAAACACAGAAAAGUAAAAAAGUACGAGGACUACAACUACCAUCAUGCUUUGCGUCGCUGCACAUUGCCUAUUUUAAUCGGUAAUCAAUUGCACAGUCCCAAGCUCCAUCUUGAAACAUAACCGAGCCUUCACAGGAAAGCGGGGCAGUGGUUGAGGAUGAAGUGAUGAGGUAAUUGUUGCUAAGUAUCUAUUWUUAUCAACUUAAUCACUGUCUGGCUUGGUUAUCUUUAGAGAUGGAGCCUGGAACUGUUGGGUACUGAGAAAAUAAUCUAGGACUCCCAUCCCCAAGCGGGGUAAAUAUACAGUAACAUGACUAAAGUCGUUCAUCUCUUAUUAAUUUCUGCUCAACUAAAACAACCGUUUGGAUUCUUUGCUGGUUAUCUUUCCGGUGAAUCAAACGUAUAUCUAAUUGAUAUAUUAAGAAAAACUAUUCAUAUUUCAUAUCGAUCGAUAUAGCUGAGGUCGCUAUUAUUUCUUAUGGUCGUUAUAGAGGAGCUCUUUCCGGUCGAUAAUCAAACUUAUUUCUAACUGAUAUAUUAAGAAGGUCUAAGAAGAGCUAUUCAUAUUUCAUAUCGAUCGAUAUAGUUGAGGUCGCUAUUAUUUCUUCUGGUCGUUAUAGAGGAGUUCAUUGUCAAACCAGCUGGCCUGUGUUUGUUCGUACAUUGUCUUGUUGCUUGAAGUUCAGAUGUUUAAUGUUAUAGAAGGUAUAAUCGAUUAAUGAUAUAUAAAUAGAUUAAUAGUAUAAGUAAGACAAUGAACCCGUGAAACAGUUUUGCAGCAAUGUGCUGCAUUUAAAAAACUAUGUUAACUUGAUUUCGAGUAAAGCCAAUCCUGAAAUAUUAUAUAAGCGAUGCCAUUUUUAAAACAAAGGAUGGUUGGUGGGAAAUCUAGUCUUCGCACUGCCGUUUCUAUCUCCUUUUCUUUUCUUUUGAUUUAUUUUCCCCCUUGAAUUGUUUUUUCUUUCUUUCUUUGUUUCUUUUUCCUUUCUUUCAAUUUUUUUUUCAAAAAGUUAUCGGCACCGAAAGUCAGAGACUUAUAGAAGUUCGACAUCAUUGUCAUUGGGAAAGUGCAGAGACAAUAUUUACAAUCAGGUAUUGCUGUUUCUUUCUUUUCUUUUCUUUUUUUUUUUGGCAUCACUUCAUUUCCCACAGACCAAAAUGAGAACAAUAGCAGCCUUUCAAAGAACAUAUUGGAUAACUAACUGUUCAAACAUUAUUUACUCACUAUCUAUUUGAUUUCACGGGUUUAUUGUCCUAAUAAAAACGCACUUCAGUUUAAAACAACAGUUUGCAGCUCUUGGUUUGCUCAAACGCAAGCCACCAGCAACGCAGGCUCUGUUAGAAAGGAACGAUAUACUAGUUAUUCCUCGUAAAUAUGAUAGAUGUUAUAAAUAAAGUACUAACAAUUAUGAUUACAACUAAAGUAUAUUUUAUGUGCAAU